AUGAUUAACAAAGAAAUCAUGGAGUCUCUUGUGGUGCAGUUCCAAAAGGCUCUCUGGGCAUGCGAUGGAGGUGAUCUUGACAAAGAUAGCACAGGAGUUGCACGUCGGGCAUGGAACCUCCUCAAUAUUAUCUGUCGUAUCCUCGAGCCUGGUAUCCCCAAGUUUGCUACAUAUCACUGUAGUCCUUCAUCUCACCCCAUGCGGAACCUGGAUGCAUGCAGGAAGAUUUAUUCACGAGUGAGGUCAUCCGAACAAAAUGAUCCCUCGGAAUUGUUGGAUGCUCUGCAGAAUGCAAUGCACUUCAUGUUUGCUGCUGCCGCCAUAAACCGUGACCCCGCCAUGUUGGGGUAUGCCCAGUUUUUGCCAGGCGAUUCCCACUCACCAGAAGACUUCGACUGGCUGGUGGACUACCUAGACUACAUCUAUUCCGACGACCAAGAAGCGGCAUAUGACAUCCUCUUGAUACUAGGUACAACACCCGCCAAUGAUGAACCUGACCCCAUGAUUGAUUAUCACCGCGACUUGUGCUAUCUGGAACUAGUCUUUGCCCUCGCGAAGAAUUCCGACUGGCACCCACAUUUGUCUGGGGAUCGCCACGUUGAUCGGUUCAUUCUUGUCCUUGUGGGUGGCACAAAGAAGUAUAUGCAGACUCCUUUGAAAUCUGAUCUCGAGCAACUCAUUGGAAAUGUGGAUCAUGUUCUUGAAAGACUGGAGCAGGAUAUGCAAUGGAAGAGGGAACUGCAGGAGACGCGCCUGGAGAUGGUACCGGAGAUGGGACUGGAGAUGCAAGGUUUAGAGCUGGUAGAGAGGAUCACCAUUGCUGUGAAGGAGUUGAGGACUGCGGCCAGUAACAAGCUGGAGAGCUUUGAUUGA